GCAACCCCCGCCCAUGCAUCAUCAGCAACCCCCGCCCAUGCACCAUCAGCAACCCCCUGCCCAUGCACCAUCAGGACGAGGAUAGAGCACUGGCCGACGCAUAUGCUGGCGCAUUUGCCCUCCUCCGCGCACCAUCGUCAAGGCAGCCAUCACAACCAGAUUUGGUCGGAAAUGGGUCUUUGGCCCCAUGGGGGGCCGCGCGGCUUGUCGCUCUGGCCCCCCUUCACUUGGGAGAGAACACCCGUGGAGAGAGAACCCAGGGUGUUAUUCGAACUCAAAAGCAUGUCUCCGACAGCGGGAGACGACGACGUAAUGCGAGACUUCCUCCCACGCCAGAGCUACCAUCAGCUGAUCCUGCCGCUGCACCUGAUUUGCCCGAGGGGUCUGGGUCAAUUGUGGACCCGCCCAUUUCGACCCGCAUAACGCUCUCGACGAAAUCAGCCCGAAAGUUGAAAGAAAUCGCGAAGAAUAGGCUUCGGGUGCUUCUACUGAACGUGGAUGCGGAAACAGAUGGUGCCCCGAAUGAUGAGCUUCGCGACAAGAUGAUACGCAAUGCGUUGCAAGCCGCGAAAAUUGAACAAUUUGGUCAAGCGGAAAUCGAGGACAUCAAGGGUAUCAACAAUUUUAUGGUGGCCGCAAUAGCAGAUAUGCGACGCGGGUUCAAAGCUCACGCGAUGAAAACAGUUCCAGUUGGCUAUGGUCUGCGCCUGCCAUUGUUUUCGGAACAGGACGAGUCAGCACAUAGGCAAGAUAGAGUCAGUGUUCUAUUAGAGGAUUCAAGAUACCUUCACCAUAUUGAGACCGUGGGUGACACGGAGGUUCGACACUUACUGGAGAACGAAGUCCUCGUCAACAUGGUCAUUGACCUUUUGAAAGAUGGCCUAGCGGACAUUGUAAAGGGCCCACUCGAUCGUUUAUUCGCAGUAUGUGCCGCAACAAUACGCUGUGUGCUAUAUGCCCAUCGAACUGGUCAUUUCGUUGAUUUCUCUGUAAAUUCCUCUAUUUUUGAUGAUGCUUACCACGAGAUUAUGGACUACAUUACUACAACUAUUCAUCCUUCAGAUACUUUGCGUGCAAGAUUCGAGGCUGUACAGCAGGAGGUUCGCAAACGAGUUUCUGAUUAGUAGUAGAUUUGUGCCAUACCCACUGCCCGCAUCUAAUCAAUGAUAAUCCGGACUGAUUUCACGCUGAUAGUGACAAUUGUUUCCUCGCUUCCUCGC